GCAACCUCCACGUGGUGGGACCUGGGUCGGUAGUAUUUGAAAUAUAUAAAAAUUUUAAUCUAAAUUGUGUAACGCAAGUACUACCGGGCGAAUGGCUGCAUAUUUCUGUACGUUUCCAAUAUUUUUUCUUUCCAUUUCUAAUUAAAUACUUACAUUUUACAUUAUUAAUCUUACAGAAACGCACAGAAAACUUUUUAAACAAAUUAUUUAUUUCCAGUUAUAAAGAAGAUAACAUUUUUCAAUAACAAAAUAAUCAAAAAUUUUCAACACAACAAAAUAAUCUCGUGUAAAAAAUCUUUAUUCUUCAAAUAAAUCCUUGGUCACUAAAAUCGGAUUAAACUUACAUAGAGAAUUCAUGGCAUAAACUUUUGUGAACGUAUAGGGUUUUAUAGGUUUUUUCGUUAUUAAGAUUGCAAAGAUAUAUAACAAAUAAUCAAUAAUAUGUAUAUAAAAUCGAAAUUAAUGUAGAGUGAAACGUAGCCUUUGAAACGUUUAUUUUCUUAAAUAUUCUCUAGCCUAAUUGCAGACGACUCUAACAAAAUUAUUCAUUUUUAAAAAUUCAUGUUUAUCAUUUUUAUUUAAAUUUUGAAGAAAAAAAAAUCAAAAAACGAAUAAUAUUUGAAACAAUAAUUUCUUGGUAGAAUAAUGCGAUCGAACGAAUUGAAAAAGAAUUAUAUAACCUGCAAAAAAUAAUCUGUGAAAUACGUAAACUAUCAGUAUUAUAUUUGAUAUAUCUAGUUUUUUUUUCUUUUUUUUAAAUCUUUUUUAAGUAUAAAAUUCAUAAAAUUUUGAAAUAAAAAAGAAAAAGUUAGAAACUUUGAUAUUACUUUCGGGUUCGAAUCUAUUCUGAUGUAAUGUUUGAAAUAAUAUUUGAAAUGAAAUAGAUGUCAUAGUGAAUAUCAGAUCGGUUAUUAAUUACGAUUACAAUAAUAGCGAAAUUGAUGCUAUUGAAAACUUUAUAUAACAAAACUGAAUAAUUAAUUAUUACUAAAAUUGUCAAUUAUAUUUACUAUAAAAUUAUUUCUUUUUUUUAAUAUCAUUUUUUCUAAUCUGUUUAAAAUUCUGGGAUUCUAACAUGUUAUUAUAUGAUAAAACUUUGUAACAUCACAAAAUAUUUGAAAAAGUCAUUCUGUGAAAAUACCUUAAAACUUGCAUUUAUAAAAAUGCAUGAAAAUCAAUUGAAUAUAAAUGGAAAGAAAAUUUUGGUAACUGGAUUUGGACCAUUUGAUAACCAUAUUAUUAAUGCAAGUUGGGAAGCUGUGAAAGAAUUAUCUAAAUUGUGGCCUCAAUCAGAAUUAUGUAACAUUCAAUUAAUUACGAAACAAAUACCUGUAUCUUAUGAAUAUGUAUUCACACAAAUAUCCAAAUUAUGGCAAGAACAUAAUCCUAUAAUUGUUAUACAUGUAGGUGUCUCUUACAAAGCAAGUUGCUUAACCAUAGAACAUGUUGCUCACAGUACAGGCUAUGUGAGACCGGAUAUAGAUGGUAAAUGUCCUAAUGAAAUAUGUGCUGUUUGUCAAAUUUUAAAAACAGACAUAAAUAUUAAUAAACUUUGUGAUAGUAUCAAUGAGAACUCAAAAGAAAGUGGAUGCAAAGCUUGCAUUUCUCAUGAUGCUGGAAGAUAUUUAUGCGAAUAUAUAUUUUAUCAAUCAUUGAAUAUCGGAACGCAAAAAACAUUAUUUGUUCAUGUUCCUGAUCUUCAUGUAUAUUCUAGCAUGCAAACUAGCAAGGGUUUAUAUGAUAUUAUAUAUUUUCUGGUUAAAAACUUAAAUGAUGAUUAAAAACAUAACGAGCAUUAUAGUAAAAAAUGUAAAAUUUUACUAUUAUCUUGUAAAAAACAAUGAUACUUAAUAUCUAAUAUUUUUAUCCUUAACAUUUAAUAUAAAUACAUUAUUGCAAAUGCA